AUGGUAGCGCGCGGCAAGAGGAGCGACGCAGCGGUCGAGAAUAGACGACGUCAGCUUCAGUUCAAACACGGCCUGAAGGACACGGGCAACAAGCUGCACGACCUCGCGUAUAUCGAGGACCACCCGUCGGAGAAUUCGUCGGGCGCCAUCGAGGAGGCGAAGAAGGAGGUCUUAGAUCAGAUCAUAGACCUCGAGCGUACGAGGCAGGAGAUCUCAGAGCGCAAGGAGUUCGCAGCCCGAAUGAGUCAGACCGUCGACGAGAUGCGGAGGCUGGAGAACGAGAAUCAGAGGCUUCAGCAACAAGUAGCAGGAGGCCUCGCGGCGAUCCCGCAGGCGAUCGAGCGCAUGGGCGAGCAGAUCCGAGGAGCUACGCACGCGGGAGGAGCCGCACCAGGUCUCGUCGACACGAAGGGGAUCGGCAAGCCCACGACGCUAGGCGACGAUCAGGAGAAGUUCGGAGCUUGGAACCGCAAGAUGGAGAACUACGUGAUAGGCGUGUACGGAGAGAGCUUCCGUCCUGUUCUCCGGUGGGCGGCAGAAGCCGAACGCCCCGUGACGAUCGAAGGGGCACAGGAGGCGCACGGAGGAGUACCAGAGCUGGAGACCAAGAUCAACCAGCUGUACGCGGCGCUGAUCAGCACGACGGCGGACGGCAGCGAGAGCAACGACCUCGUGACGGGCGCACCAGACGGGAACGGUCUCGAGGCCUGGCGGAAGCUUCACCGCAGGUGGGACCCGACGACAGGUCCGAGGAAGAGGCUGAUCCUGAGGUCGAUCAUCUCGCCUCCGAAGUGCAACGCGGAAGAGCUGGGGUCCGCCUUAGAGAAGUGGAUCCAGCAGAUAGGCAAGUACGAACGCCGCCAAGGAGAAGACGGGCUGGCCGAGUUGCCGGAGGAUAUCAAGAUGGCGGCCCUCGAGAUGCUCGUGCCUCAGGACAUCGAGAACCACCUCGUACUCAACAAGCAUCGGCUCGUGACGUUCCAGGACAGCCUGAACGAGGUAAUGACGAUCGUAGAGGCUCGAACCGGCGUGAAGAUCAAGGCGGCAGGCAGCCUGGAGGAGGAGCCUGAAGCGGAGGUCGCCGCUCUGGACAUGGGCAGCUUGGACUGCCUGGAGCUCGCCAGCGGCAACGGCCGCGGCGUAGCGGCGGACGACCUCUCCCCCUUCGUGCAGGACGACUGGAUGAAGUUCAACUGGGACAGCGGUGCAGCUGUCUCAGCAUUCCCUCGGAGCUUCGCGCCGCCGACGGGAAUGAAGGGCAACGGCAGCACGUAUCGCACGGCCAGUGGUGAGCUCGUCCCGGACGAGGGCAGCUUGCAGCUCAAGGCGGAGGACGAGUACGGAGUGCUACGAGCACUCAAGGGACGCGUGACGAACGUGCACAAGCCGUUGAUCUCGGUGGGGCAGGCAGCAGGAGCUGGACAGCGUUCAUUCCUGGGUCGCAAUGGCGGCUGGAUAUUCCACGAGAAGAGCCCAAUCGGCAAGCGCGUGGUAGGCAUGCUCGAGAAGGAGGCGAAGGCGGCGAAGCACCAGAUGCUGCCGGUCUAUCGCGAGCAGGGCGUCUACAACUUCUACCUCAAGAAGGGCCAACAUGGCUCGGUUGCUCCUCUCGAGGAGGGACUUUCGGCGAAGUCGAAGUCCGAGCUGGUGGAGCUCCUCAGCGGCAAGUCGAAGGAGGAGCUGCUGGAGAUCUUCGAGAGGACAGCACCUCAUGAGCCCUCUCAGAAGGAGAUCGCCGAGCACGAGGCGAUGGGACACGCGACUUACCGCAGCUGGUGUCGCGUGUGUAUUGCGGCAAAGGGCCAAGGCCAGCCGCAUCUCCGCGCACCGGAGGACGACGAGUCGGCGGUGCCGGUGGUCUCGUCCGACUACGCCUUCAUGGGCCAGGACGACGCGGACACCAUGCCGAUGCUGGUCCUUAGGGAUCGACGCUCGAAGAUGAUGGCAGCGACAUUCGUGGAGAAGAAGGGCGACGACGCCUACGCCAUCAAGUUCUUCGCGCGCUUCUUACGGAUCCUGGGCUACAGGAAGAUCGUCAACAAGUCCGACGGCGAGCCAGCGAUCCCGCUGGUCAAGAGGCGUGCGGUGGAGGAGGUUCCUGGCCUCGAGGCCAUUCCCCAGGAGUCGGCACCGGCCGAUCAUCAGGCCAAUGGGGAGAUCGAGGUCACGGUGCGCGAGAUCAAGAAGCAGGUGCGAGCGCUCAAGAUGGACCUGGAGUCCAAGCUGGGCGUCAAGGUGGAGGACAAGCACCCAGUGCUAGCGCUCCUGCCGGAGCACGCCGCAUCGGUGAUCAACCGAUGCAGGCGCGGCCAGGACGGCAAGACCGCUCUUCAGCGGCUCACGGGACGGCAGUGGAGGAAGCCGGUCCCGCUCUUCGGUGAGCGCCUGAUGGUGCGGUUCGCCGGGGAGCGCGCGAGGAAGAACGCGCUGGAGGAGCAGAUGGUGGAGGCUCGCUACAUCGGCCACCACCCGCGCGACGGCUCGAUGAUGGUCAUCACGAGCGACGGUGUGAAGAAGGCGGUCGGCUUUCGCAGCCUGCCGCAGGGCGAGAAAUGGAUCACGGCGGGCUGGGACAGCCUGAAGGGCCCGCCGUGGGACGUGGCUCCGCGUGCGGCCAGUGCGCCGCGAGCCAUCGUCGGACCGGGAGAGGCCGGUCCGCCACCGAUUGUGGCGGCGCCGCCGCAGCCGCAGGCGCCGAGGAGGAUGUACGUUCUCAAGGCGGACGUCGAGCGGCUGGGCGCAACGCCGGGAUGCCCAGGGUGCGUCUCGAUCGCCAAGCACGGCAAGGUGCUGGCUGGCCAAGCGCACAACGCGGUGUGCAGCAAGAGAAUCUUCGAAGCGCUGGACGCUGAGGAGGCAGGCCGGGAGAGGACCGGCCAGUAUCGAGAGCGGAGGCAGGGCCAAGAGGCCAGAGUCCGACCGGCGGCAGCGGCCGCGGCAGGGACCCCUCCGCCGAAGACGGCUCGGAGGAUCACCGAGCCGGUGGCAGCGGCGGCGUCGGCGCCGGCCGCGAGCCGAUCGGCAGCUGCGCCAGCCGCAGCGGCGCGCAUGCGAGAGAGCCAGCCGGUAGCAUCAGGCUCCGGCGUGGCGGCUCCUUCAGGAGGAGCGAGCUCCAGUUCGGGAGCAGUGAGAGCGGCAGAGGCCGCCGAGGAUGUCGACAUGACUGCGACCAGGUCGCGGCUGAAGCGCUUGGCGGAGGUGGCCCCGGAUGACGUGCCGGAGGCCCUCGAGCGCGGUGAUCCACAGCCGGCAGACGUGCCGGUACCGGUGGACAUGGAGGAUCUCGCGGCGCAGCCGCUGGUCGAGCUCGGAGUGCUGACGAGAGCGAAGGCGGAGUUGCUCCCGCUCGUUCGCGAACAGGUCAGCGGCCAUUGGGCCGGCGUCGGCGUGGACAUCGCCGACGAAGAGGUGGACAGCAUCGCCUUAUCGGCGUUGCAGCUGGGCGCCGUGGACGUGGCAGAGGUGUACUCGCCACAUCGGUUCUCGGCUCGGGCGGCGGAGUUUCAGCUGCGCCCGGGCUUCGCGGCGGACCUGGAGGAACUCAAGGAGGACGGGACGCCGUGGGACUUGCGGCGACCCGAGGACAUCAAGGAGCUCGAGGAGCUGCAGGAGCGGAUGGAUCCCAUCCUGCUUACGGGGUCCCCUCCAUGCGAGAAGUUCAGCUUGCAGAGGGGCCUGAGCGCCAAGUUCAGGACCGAUGAGCAGGAGGCGGCUGAGAUGGAGGAGGCCAGACACCACCUGAAGGUGGCAGUCGACGCCUACUGGCGUCUGCUCAGGAAGCCAGGCAGGUACUUCCUGCAUGAGCAUCCCUGGAGCGCGCGAUCGUGGAAUGAGGACAUCGUCAAGGAGCUGGUCGCGCUUCCAGGAGUCUUCACGGUCAAAGGCCCCAUGUGUCGGUGGGGCAUGAAGCUCACGAACCCACGCAGUGGCCAGGAGGAGUUCGUGCGCAAGGAGACCGGGUGGGUCACCAACCACCCAGGCUUAGCCCGGAGACUGCAGGGCACUUGCAGCAAUGUGGACGGACGCGCGGAGUGGCAUCGCCACAUCACGCUCGUGGGCGGCAUCGCGCGGUUUGCGAAGGUCUAUCCACCGAAGUGGGUGGAGGCGGUGCUGGAGGAGCUCAAGGACACGCUGAAUGACGUGGGGGAGCUCAGCACCGCCCAGGUGCAGCAGUCGGGCCCAGUCCCUGUGGACGCGGCGGUGCCGCCCGGGGACUGGACGAGCUACUGGGACGACGUCAAUGGCGGCUACCUGGAGGCGGCCCUUGUGGCCCAGGCUCGCGCGGUCGAGCGCGAGUGGGUCAAGAAGCAGGAGCUGAUCGAGAUCGUCCCGAGGAGCAGGCUCGUCGUGAAGGAGAUCAAGGCGAAGAAGCGCCCUGACGAGCAGCUGGAGGUGUCCGAGGUCUUCUCGGCAAUGCCUCCUCUGGAGGCCAUGCGGUCGCUGGUCUCGCUGAUGGUCACGUGGACGCGGGAAGCACCGCUCCACAUUCAGGAGUCGCUUCGCAAGAAGGGCAGGAAGCCGGGCAACUUCAAGACCGGCUUCUUCGACAUCAGCAGGGCGCACUUCAACGGGAAGGCGCAGCGAAGGAUCUUCGUGGAGCUGGAGGAGGAGAGUCGCAAGGAGUACGGCGAGGACAAGUGUGGCUUACUCCUCAAGUCCUGGUACGGCACGCAGGACGCCAGCAAGAUCUGGCAGGGCGACUACACGGAGCUGCUGGAGGAGCACGGCUACAAGGCGGGCGUAUCGUGCCCAGCGGUCUUCUACAAGGAGGAGGACGAGACGAGGCUGCUGGGGCACGGCGACGACUUCGCGGUGCUGGCUCAGCAGCAGGAUAUCGACAGCUUCGAGGCCACGUUGGGCAAGAAGUACGAGUUCAAGAAGACUGCGAACCUCGGCUUCGACGAGGGCGACGACAAGCAGGCGGUCUUCCUGAAUCGGGUCAUCGAAGUCAGUGCGGGAGUUCCGCCUGGCGGUGGCCGGCCCUGCCGGCAUGCGAUGAUUGAGCCGGACAAGCGGCACGCAGAGAUCGUGAUCGACGAGCUGGGUCUCAGCAAGGCCAACGGCGUGGACAUGCCGAUGGAGAAGCGCAGCGCCGACAAGCAGAUGAUGGACGCGAAGUCAGCGGCGCUGGGAACGGCGGAAGCUUCGCGCUUCCGAUCCCUCACCAUGAGGGUAGCCUACCUGUCUCAGGACAGGCUGGACUUGGCAGAGGCAUCGAAGACGCUCGCCAGGUCCAUGCAGACGCCGACGGAGGCGAGUUGGCUCAUGCUCAAGAGGGUCGGCCGCUACCUUAAGCGGCAUCCCAGUACGGUGACGGUCUUCACGGAGCAGAAGAUGUUCGACAAGAUCCGGGUGUACGUGGACUCCGAUCAUGCGGGCUGUGCAGUCACUCGGAAAAGUACGGGAGGCUUCGUGGCGAUGCUGGGGCAUCACGUCAUCAAGCACGGCAGCAAUCUGCAGUCGACGGUCUCUCUGAGCAGUGGGGAGAGCGAGUACUACGCCCUGGUCAAGGGCGGGAGCGUGGGCCUGGGUCUACACAGCCUCUUCGCUGACUGGGGGCUGGACCUGAAGGUGGAGCUCGCCUCAGACUCAUCGGCGGCCCGGGGCCACGUCCAACGGCGAGGUCUCGGGAAGAUGCGACAUGUUCAAUCCCGAUACCUGUGGAUCCAGGAGCGCGCGGGCAAGGGCGACCUCUCGAUCGCCGCGGUUCCUGGUAAGAACAAUGUCGCGGACGUGCUGACCAAGAGCGUGGGGGUGGCGAGUGCCGCAACGCUUGUGAGCAACACGGGCUACGGGAGCACGAUCGCUUGUGAGCGCAAGGAUUCCCUGCGAACUGCGAACCCCGCGCUGUGGGCAGCACGGCCACUGCGAGCUGGCACAUCUUUACCCACGGGCACCCCAACGCCCGCGAACAGGGCUGUUUUCCCGAACACCACGGCGUCCACGAUCACCAGACUGCCCGCGGGCACCACGCUUCAUGUUAGCACCGCGGCCCCCUUUUCAGCAGUACGGAGCCUGCAGGCCGUCGGCCUUCGCUUCAAGGUCAGCAUGCGCCUGCUGUGGGUCGCGAGGCCGCUUUGCACCCGCGCGUACGGCGCCGCGGAGAUGGAGGCGGGGCUGCGCGCGUGGCGGCGCUUGCGGGAG